AACAUCCCGGCCAGCUGCCGGUGUUGACGGCCGCCGGCCGUGCGUGGUGAGAGAGACUUAAGCAGCCACGCGCGUUGCGAGAUCGGUAGCUCGCCGGCCACCGAGACGAUCGACCUAAGGAGACGGGAGGGUCCGGCCGGUGGCGAGAGAGAGACGACGAUGGCGGCGUCGCAGGCGUACCUGGACAAGGCGCAGCUCCGGCAGAGCUACCGCAACGUCUGGCACACCGACCUCACCAACGCCAUUAAGGCCGACUUCACAUGCUGCUGCCUGUCGCUGUGGUGCGGACCAUGCGUGUCUUACAUGCUGCGCAAACGUGCGCUCUACAACGACAUGUCAAGAUACGUGUGCUGUGCCGGGUACAUGCCAUGCAGCGGGAGGUGCGGUGAGAGGAACUGCCCUGAAUUAUGCCUUGCAACCGAGGUGUUCUGCUGCUUUGGUAGCUCAGUUGCUUCAACCCGGUUCCUGCUGCAAGAUGAGUUCAACAUUCAGACAACCCAGUGCGACAACUGCAUCAUUAGCUUCAUGUUUUGCCUCCAACAAUUCGCCUGCAUCUGCUCUCUAGUCGCGUGCAUUGUCGGCAACGAGGAACUUUCAGAGGCCUCGCAGCUCAUUUCCUGCAUAUCUGACAUGGUCUACUGGACGGUUUGCUCGUGUAUGCAGACACAACACAAAGUGGAGAUGGACAAGAGGGACGGCAAGUUUGGACCUAUGACAGUGCCCCCGAUGCAGCAGAUGUCUCGCAUCGAUCAGCCGGUUCCGCCUUACGUUGGGUAUGCACCACAGGCACAGCCAGCAUACUACAGGUAGUCCAAUGGAGGCUAUCCAAGAGCUCCAUAUACAGAUCAACCUCAAAGGCUCUCUUUAGCAAGUGAAGGAUAUCCGUCAAGUAGAUAUAUACUAUUGUGAGAAUGUGAAGAGUUUCUAGUUUCUUUAGGUGAUUUAGAUGUUUGAAUUAGUGAUGAAGUUGUGAUAUUUCUGCGGGAACGGUGAGGUUCACCCCUUUGUUCUCCAAACAUUCUUGUCUGAAUAAAAUGGGGGUAUUUCGGAUGGUUUUGUAUUGUGAGAUUUGAUGAUCUGCCAUUUACUAUUAGAU